GUGCGGCGAAAGGGAAAAGAAGCUGCGCCGUGGGAGAGGGAGUGGGAAUUUAAAAAGCACGCAGCGAUGCCUGGUUUUCAAUUCAUGAUGUAGUGGGUAAAAAAAAAUGAAAGGAAGGGUGAGGAACGUCCCUUUUGAAAAAAGCAAAACUCCCACAGAAGCAGUAACGUCUUUUUAACCAUCGCGCGGUGACGUCACCGGUCGACGCUUCUCUCUCUCUCUCUCUCUCUCCCCCCCCCCGCUCCGCCUCCUCCGGCUGCGUCUAGUUUGUGGCGUUGCGCUGACUGCAGGGCCUUCCCCGCGAAGAGGAUGUGAGAGGACGAGGAGAGAAGCGAAAAAAGACACUUGAUUUCACGGGUUGUCUCAUCUGCAAGCCACGGAGAGUUAAUUCUGUAAAUGCUUCUUUCCUGGUUAGUUUAAAUUAUGGAAGAAAAUAAUGACAGCCCCAUAGCUGAUGAACAAAGUACAGUUCUUUUUGUGAAAACAGAAAGCGCAACUGAGAAGGAAAUGAAGGAAGAUGUGGAAGAAAGUAACAAAAAGAAUACAUCAGAUAAUUCCAACAUGUACAGGUAUAUUAAAGAUGACUUGUUUACUUCAGAGAUUUAUAAAGUUGAAAUUCAGAACCUUCCAAAAUACAUAGGUUUUAAUGAAGUGAAGAAAUUUCUUGCCAAAUAUGGUCUGAACCCUCACAAGAUAAAACUGUUGGGGAGACAGACUUUUGCUUUUGUCACCUUUAAGACUGAGGAGGAAAGAGACAAAGCCAUGAAGGUCCUUCAUGGAGUCUUGUGGAAGAACCGCAACUUAAGUGUCAGGCUUGCAAAGCCAAAGGCUGAUCCCAUCAUGAAGAAGAGAAGAAGGGAGGAGGAAGACGAAGGAGAGGAAGAGGUGAAAGAGCAUGCAGCAGCUAAGUGCCCAUCCUUGUCAAAAGAUGGCAGAGAGGAGCCUCUUAGUAAACAAAUAGCAGAUGUGGUGACUCCUUUGUGGAAUGUACUGUAUGAGGAACAGCUUGCAAAGAAGAAGCAAGAAUGUGAGCAAGUGUUGCUGAAAUUGACACGGGAAAUUGGAAACAACAACAGAGCUCUGCUACCAUGGCUCUUCAUCCAGAAGGAGAAGUACAGUGGCCUGUGUUGCGCUCUGGAAGGGGUGAAAGCAUCACCAUCACAGACUGAAUAUCGCAACAAGUGUGAAUUUUUGAUUGGCAUAGGCCCCAAUCAGGAAGAUAAAAGCGUGGGCUUCCGCCUUGGCAAAUACAAAGGUGGGACAUGUGCAGUUGUGGAGCCCUUUGAUACCAUUCACAUUCCUGAGGUUGCCAAAAAGAUAGUGAAGGCCUUUCAAGAUUACAUAAGGUCUACACCUUACAGUGUCUACAGCCCGGAAACCUAUGAUGGACACUGGAAACAGUUAACGGUUCGAACCAGCCGGAAUGGUCACAUCAUGGCAAUUGCUUAUUUCAAUCCACAGAAAUUAAAUAAAGAAGAGCUGACUGAACUGCAAAGCUCUCUGGCAAAGCACUUCACAGAAGGCCUUGGCAAGGAUAGUGGAAUAACUUCUCUGUACUUUGUGCAGGAAGGCCAGAGGAAAUCUCCCAAUCGUGAAGAUUUGGCCUUAGAACACAUUGCUGGUGACAAGUACAUAUAUGAAGAUCUUCUUGGGCUAAAGUUCCGGAUUUCUCCUCAUGCAUUUUUCCAAGUAAAUACACAGGCUGCUGAGGUUCUGUACUCUACUAUUCAAGACUGGGCCCAGGUCAGCCAGGAUACUACAGUGCUUGAUGUCUGCUGUGGAACAGGAUCAAUUGGCAUUUCACUUGCCAAGAAAGUGAAGAAGGUGGUCGGAAUUGAGCUGUGUCAGGAAGCUGUGGAAGACGCCAGGGUGAACGCUCAGCUUAACGAACUGAAUAAUGUUGAAUUCCACAGUGGAAAGGCUGAAGAUCUCGUUCCUUACCUAGUCAACUCAUUAGCUCUACAAGACUCUAUUACAAUUGUGGAUCCUCCACGAGCAGGGCUGCAUUCCAAAGUAAUUCUUGCCAUCCGAAAAGCUGAACACUUAAAAAAGCUCAUCUACGUGUCUUGCAAUCCUCGAGCUGCCAUGAACAACUUUGUGGACCUUUGUCGAGCUCCCUCAAAUCGUGUCAAGGGAAGCCCUUUCCGUCCAGUUAGAGCAAUGGCAGUAGACCUCUUCCCUCAAACUAUGCACUGUGAACUGCUUCUCUUCUUUGAACGAAUAGAACAUACAAGUGAAAAACCUUCUGAACCAUCAGUAGACUCUGCAGAAAUUCCAACUACAAAACCCGAAGUAGGAGCUUCAGCAGAAGAGGACAACACAGACUUAAUCAAAAAGCAAGCAGUAGUGUCUUCCAGCUAGCGAUGAAGAGGCUUGCUAGGUUGCAUGAUAGCCUAUUUUCCUUCUACGUCGCUCUCCUCUGCUCUCUUAUUUCAAAAUGUUGCUUCUCAGGAAAAUUUCAACAAGCCGUUAAUCCGUGGAGCAUCAAAAUUAUGAUUAUACUUCAUUGACAGUACUUUGUACCACAGACUUGCUUUUCCAUUGAAGGGUGGUAAAUGAUCUUCUCGAGGUCCAAUGAGCCUGGCAAAGCAGGACAUCUAACUUAUACCAAAUUGAUUUUAUUUUUAAAUGUCGAGCAUGCCAAUCUUAAAGACCAUUGUGAAAGCUUGUAUGUCAGAGCAAGACUCCUACAAAACAUAUGGUGAAUAAAUAAUUCACGUUAUUG